GGCUGUUCUCCAGUGCCAUUGAGCUUGCUGAGGCCGUCCUUCGCGCCGUGUCGGACUGCCCCCACACGGACGAGUGGGAGGCCCUGCUGUCCACCCUGGAGGCGGCACUUGGGGCGCUACAGCACACAGAUGCGGCACAUGCAGCGGCAGCAGCAGCAGGUGCUGAUGCUGCCAAUGCCUCCUCCGCUGCUGCGUUACGGCGGCUGCAAGGUGUCGUACAUGCCGGCCAGCUGCUAGCGGCCCGGGGGCUGCCGCUGACUGUACGGCACAUCAGCAGCUGCGGAGCGGAGGAGGCGGCGAGAUGUGUACGGCAGGUGCUGGGGCGCGUCAUCAGGUCCGCCCCCUCCAUGUCCACCGCCGACUGGUCGCAGCUCUGGACCGACCUCACCGCCCUCCGCACCGCGGCAUUCGCAACACCGCCAAUAGGUGCUGCGAGCUGGCCCGAAACAACUGCACAAACCGCAACCACAACCGGCAGCAACAGCAGUCCCCAUGCAUCCCCAUCCGCAACCGCCGCCGCCGCCACCACCGCCUCCCAGCAGCAGCAGCAGCAGCCCUCCAGGGAGGGGGAGAGGGAGCAGCAGGUGCUGCCCGCUCGGCUGCUGCUGAGCGAGAUGUGUCGCUGCCUGCUGCACUGCGGCCGUACGGACCUGGCGGCGAAAUACCUGCGGGAGGGGGCGCCGGACGGCGAGGGUGGUGUCGUGUUUUUGGAGCCGGAAGCCGCCGACGCGCUCAUUGCCAGUGUCGCCGCUGAGAUCUUAGCGGGCGCGAACGACCCAUGGGACGCUGCCGCGCAGCAGGCGGCCGCCUGCCUCGCACUCGCGUCGCCCGACUCGCCACCCGCCACAGCAUUAGCGCGGCUAAUGCGAGCGUUACAGCUACUGCCGGAGCUUGGGUUUGACGAGCAGCAGCUAAUGCCGGUCCAAGUAAUGCAAAUGAAGGAUCGUUUUGAUGUUGUACGGAUUGUACUGCAGCAGUACGAAGAUAACGAUGCUGGUACAGGCCCGGCGGCAAGCGCACGCGGACGGUACGGCAUGGCGCGUGGCAGCAGUACGGCGAUCUCCUUUGCAAAGGCGGCGGCGGCGGCGCUCGGCGGCGGUCGUAACAGUCGCCGUCGGGCUGCCGUACGAGCGGCGGGGCAGGCGGCGGCGGCGGGAGGCCGAGCGGCGGCGGCGCUCGCUGGCGGUUUGUUGGCGGUUGCAGGGCGAGUGGCGCCCAAUAUGACAGGGGCGGUUGCGGACCGAGUCGUACCUGUUGCGGGGUUGCUGGCGGGGGCGGUGACGUCAGCGGCGGGAGUGCCGUUGCUGUACGGCAGGAACGCUGACGCCGCCUCCGCUGGCGGCGGCGGUGGUGGUGGUGAUGGAUCUGGGUCACCUUCCCAACAACCGCAGCCGCCGUACAAACAAUUGGGUCGGUUGCUGGAGGUUGCGGAGCUGUUGGGACUCGAUCGACCGGAGGACGAGUUGCGGAUCAAGGACCUCGCGGCCCGCGCGGCCCUGCGUGCGGGCGACCUGGGGGCGGCACAGCACCUGGCGCUGGGGCUGGUGGGGGCGGGGUACACCCCUGCAUGGUCGCUGUGUGCCGACCUGGGCUCAUGCAAGCGGCUGAGUGACGAUGCCGUACGGCAGAAGCUGCUGUCGUACGCGCUGUUGUACUGCCCCUCGG